AAUGCAAGUUCAGUUUUUUACAAAUGACUGAUCUAAAAGCCUGUUUUAGCCUCUGGAAACUGUUUGGUUUUAUAAUGUGAUAGAGAAAUCCUGAGUAUGUAUCUACAGUGACCCAACUGGAUGAGUCUUAACCAUGCGUCAAUGAAAAUACAGUAGGACACGCUGCAUCUUACACGUUAAGGAAAUUUGCCCUCUGAACAAUGUCCUUUCAAGGGCAUACUCAGCUAUUAUGGAAGCUAGUAAAGAGCCCUGUUCUAAGGCUGUAAAAACAGAUAGAACGAAGAGCACUCCAGGAAUUGUUUAAAACAAAUAUCCCCAGGCUCCAUAGCCCAGUUGGAGAAAGCAAACAUUGUUAUGUGGGGAUUGAGAAGCAGAGCUCUGUACAGUAACUUCCUCUGAUUUCCUUCGGGAACAACUGAAAUGACUGUUUCACCAAAAUACAACUGAAUUAGACUAUUAUAGACUAAACAGACCUGAAAUAGACUCUUACACUGAAAAUAAAACUGACCAACUUUGUGGGAGAGACUUCAGGAGAUCAGCAUCAUCAGGUCCCUUCUCUUGGCCAUGGCUUGCCAGAACCUGCUCCCCCCCGACUCAUCCUGUCAACUGGGUGACAAGGAGCUAUUUCCCCACACACGGUGCUUUGAGUGCCCCUCUGGUGCCUGGGCUGCUAGCGCUGCUGCGGGGGCUGGCAGGGGGGUUUCUAAGUGGCACAGGAUCUCAGCCGCUCAGCCAGAGGGGGCAUUUGGAAACCCCAUUAAAGACCCUCUGUGUGCAAAGGGGUGGGAGUGGACAGAACGAUACAGCUCUCCCCUCUGGCUCCCAGCCACGGAGCAGCAGCAGCCGGCACAAGGGGGAAUUUACAUUUCCCAGCUGCUGAUCUCCGGAACAGCCCUAUCAGCCAAAGCAACUUCUAGCUCCGCUCGCAGCUAAGGCUUCCGGAUCCUCCAGUGACAGUGGGGACGGGGAGCAGCAGUUCAUUUCCCCCUCUGCCCUCCCUAAAUGGCGCCCUGCUCCCUCUGCCCUGGAAAGGGACCACCUUUACCUGCAGUAGGAGCCGGGCUAGGAAUUACAGCCGCACACUGCUGCAAAAGCGCUCAUCUGCUGGCUCCAUGAAUGCUGGGUGAACAGCGGGCGUGGGGAGGCUGGCUCCCCCGCCCCUUCCAUGCCCACCAAACUGAUGGGUUGGAAACAGUGAAUGCUUCUGCCCUGGGACAGGCUGAGGGGGCCCUGCAUGCGCAAGGGCUGAUUUGUGGCUGCCACAGCUGAUUAUCCCAGCGGAUGCUGAGCACCCACCAGUUUUUCCCCUAGAUGCUCCAGCCCCGGCACGCCCAUGGAGUCGGCACCUAUGAGCAACACCCCAACGUACCCCUGACACACACCAGCGCUCUGCCCUCCCCUGCUACAGGACGCUCUGGGAACAGAGCACAGGGGCAGGACAACAUGGCGUCUGACAUCUUCUCUUUGCUAAGGAAAAGUCUGGAUUUAGGUUCAGUGUAAUGACCCCCGGCCAUCACUCAAACACUGAGCCUGCUCCAUACAAACCAGCUUGGCCUCGCUCUGUAAUCCUGUGGGCCGUCCCUCCGGGUCUGGCCCUCAGGGAGGCCCUGCGGAGCCCUUAGCACUGCACUCAAUUAGUGGGGAAAUGAGCCAUCUUCAGAGCUCAGUCUGCUGGCUCUGGGCUGGGCAAGAGUGAGUCUAUGAACCCGGUCUUCAGGCAGGGCAGGGCACCAGCGGUCAGGGGCAGACUCUGCACACACUGGAACCCCUGAGGGUCAGCACCUCCCCUCCCACCCGCCAGGGAUCAGCUGUUCCGCAGUGUGCAGGAGGGCGGGACAGCGGUGUGAAGAGACAGGGCAGAGGGCAAGACUUCCAAGGUGAACUUCUGCUGAGUGCAAGAAAAAAGGACAACAUGCAUUGUCUGAAAGGGUGUCCAGUUUCCAAACCUGAUGUGAUCUCCCAGCUGGAACGAGGGGAGGAGCCGUGGGUCCCGGAUCUCCAGGGCUGUGAGGAAGGAGAGAUCCCCAGAGGUGCCUGCGCAGCAGGUGCUGGGAUGGUGAGUGGGGAGAAGAAGCAGAAUCCUCAGCAGGAAGAUUCUGAGCAAGUGGCACCACAUGGGGGAUUAUCGCACGGCUCCAGAGCGAAUGUGGCCCGGCAUCGUGUGCAGGGCAAAGCCUGUGAGAGUCAGCACAGGCCAGAGAGGGAGCAGAGAAACCAGCCAGGGGAGAAAGUGGGUAACUCCAUUAAUUGUCGGGGAACUCACCAGGACCUCCUGGAAACCACAGCCCAGCCGAGAAUACCCACAGGAGAGAGAAAUAACACAUGCACUGAGUGUGGAAAACAUUUCACUAGCCACUCAGGCCUUUUAAAACAUGAGAGAAUCCACACUGGAGAGAGGCCCUAUGGAUGCAGUGUGUGUGGGAAAAGCUUCAGUCAGAGCAUUCACCUUAUUCGACAUCACAGGAUCCACACAGGAGAAAGACCCCAUGAAUGCAGUGAGUGCGGGAAAACCUUCACUCUGAGCUCUACCCUUAUUAAUCAUCAGAGGAUCCACACAGGAGAACGACCGUAUAAAUGUAGUGAGUGUGGGAAAAAGUUCACUCGGAGCUCAGGUCUUGUUAAACAUCAGAGGAUCCACACAGGAGAGAAACCUUAUGAAUGCUGUGAAUGUGGGAAAAGCUUCACCGACAGGUCAGAUCUUAUUAAUCAUCAGAGGAUCCACACAGGAGAGCGACCCUAUAAAUGUAGUGAGUGUGGGAAAAAGUUCACUCGGAGCUCAGGUCUUAUUACACAUCAGAAGAUCCACACAGGAGAGAAGCCCUACAAAUGCUGUGAAUGUGGGAAAAGCUUCAUUCAGAGCUCAACCCUUCAUAAACAUGAGAGGAUCCACACAGGGGAGAGAAGCUACGAAUGCUGUGAGUGUGGGAGAACCUUCAGUCAGAGCUUUCACCUUAUUCGACAUCACAGAUUGCACACAGGAGAGAAACCCUACGAAUGCAGUGAGUGUGGGAAAAGCUUCACUCAGAGCUCAGCCCUUAAUAAACAUCAGAGGAUCCACACAGGGGAGAGACCCUAUGAAUGCUGUGAGUGCAGGGAAAGCUUCUCUGUAAAGUCAGACCUUAUUGAACAUCAGAAUAUCCACAUGGGAAAGAUACCUCAUCAGUGCUCUGAGUGUGGAAAAACUUUCACACAGAGUUCAUCCCUCAAUACACAUCAGAGGAUCCACACGGGAGAGCGCCCCUAUGAGUGCUGUGAGUGUGGGAAACUGUUCAGGCAAAAAUCAACCCUAAUUACACAUCAGGCAAGGCAUACAGGAGAGAGACCCUAUCAAUGCUGUGAUUGCGGGAAAGGCUUCAGUGUGAGUUCAGACCUCAUUGUACAUCAGAGAAUUCACACAGGAGAGAGACCUUAUAGAUGCUCUGAGUGCGGGAAAAGUUUCACCCGGAGCUCACCCCUUAAAAGACAUCAGAGUGUUCACAGGAGAGAGAGACAACAUAGAAACUCUGUGUAGGGCGGAGAAAAGAUUAAAACAAAACAAAACAAAACACAUUUGCUAAUUCCCACAUAGUGACCAUGUGAUUUGUUUGCACCAUUUGUGUCCCUCUGUUCUCUCAACUGCCUUGUGUGUUGCCCAUUUGUGCCUUUUACAGGUCGCCCUUCUCUGGGGUUAGUCCCGUGCUCCUUUCCCCCAACUCCUUUCUCCUGUGAGUCAUGGGAGUGUGUGUCCUUCCAGCAAGGAGUUUCCAUCAGCCCCAGGUGGGGGGAAUUGGGGUGACCACAAGUCGCCUCACUGAGUGAAAAUGGACAUGGGGUUUGUCUUCUGCUCUAGGAUUUCCCUUGGUGUCGGCAUGCUGGAGGUAGCUAUCCUGAUGUAAACACACUGCUAUGUUUGCAGUGCUGACAUAGCCCGGGCACAGGGUUUGGGGUUAGCUGGCAUCUUCCCCUUUGGCCUGUCCUAAUGGACACCCAUUUUCCUGGUCUGGACAAUCCCUGAGCAUCACGUUUAUAUUGUCACCCCAGUAGCAGAGCGAUUGUUAGUCACCAAGUCCCCCCUUUGCCGACAAAAUGUCUCCUUCCCAGUUGUGCUCACGCUGGUCCAGGUGGUGCUGGGCAGCAGGUAUUUUUACUUUUAUCAGUUUCCUUAUUGACAAUAGAUUUCAAUAUAACAAAGAGGAGAAGCAGAAGUGGGACAGAUGGAUCAUUUCAGCCUCUGUGACUCCGGAAGGAAAUGGGGUGAGUUGGAGGGAUUCCCCCCUUCCCCGUCACCAUCACUAUAUCUGCUGACUCAAGCAGCAUUGGCCUGUGUCUGAGGCACAGUGGAGUUUCUCCACCUCUAUUCUACCCCCAGAGCGUCUCUGCAAUUAGUAUCAAUUUGAUCCUAAAUCUGACUCAUUAGAGCUGGCAAUGAAAGUGUCCCAGACCUGGUGGAUCCCAAACACUGUGACAUCAUUCUGAGUUUAAAUCCCAGUUGCUGUCUAUUGACAAAGCCACUUCUGGACUUUUUCCUGCUGGUUUGGGAUUCUUUGCAGAUGAGAUGGUCGGCAGUUUUUCCUUAUUACGAUGAUGCUUUCCCCGCCCCCCCCCCAAUAACAACUCCAUAAUAACAAAGUGCUGUUGCUGAAGCAGAUUCGAAUGGAUCAGAGGAGAAGGCAAUGGGGGAAUCUGCUCUCCGGAUUUCUGAGUCAUCAGAUGUAACCUGAUCUGGAAUUUCAUUUUUCAUGAAAGAGAAAGUGACUUACAUCGCUCCGUGUUGCAGCUUUUUCUCUCUCUCCUGAAGACCAUUUGGUCACAUAAUCGAAUAUCAGUUUUGUUCUCCAGGAUGUAGCUCGGAUUUAUUGAGGACUUUGGGAGAAAUGACUGUUAGCUAAAAGAGUCCUUCCUUAAUUUAUUUUUGGCUUUCCCCCCACCGCUGCAUGAUGACAUUGCAGAAGCUCUAUUUCAGUUCACGCACCAGGAGAGGCUGCUCCAAGCCAUUGGGCCUGCUGCCAAGGAAACAGGAGCAGGUUUAGGCCUCCGUCCGCUCUGAACAACAGCAACCCCCGAUUGCACAACUAACUGAAGUAACUGGGUGUGUGUGGCCUAUUUGGAAACGCUGUCCCUGUCUGUUGAUGUGGAGAAAACAGAACUACAUUUGUGAACUUGCCCGUGAUAGAUGCUCAAAUGUGGACUGAAAUGAACUCCGUGUUGAUAGUGAGAUAACUGCAGAAUAUCUAUUUUUAAUAAGUUCCCCCUCCUUUGGUGGCUUAUGGGGAUUCUGAAGCAGGAGCGUUUCUAGUCCCUAACUUACACCCUGUGCCACCAGAUUAAAGAAACAAACUGGGCAUGUUUGGAGAAGCCAUUCCUCACUAACUCAGCCCAGCUGUUGGGUGGUUUGGUAAAGGACUCUGUCCGGAGGAAUGGAAACGUACCCUGACCAAGGCCAAGGAUUUGGAAGAACUCGGGCUGAUUAUAGCAGACGCCCAGUAGUUUGUCGCCCCAGAGAAGGAAGCUGCGAUGAACGACGGUCCAGGUAAAAUUGUUUGUUUCUAACACCACUCCCUAGUUCAGUGUCACUGAUUACAGUCCCAACGGAUGCCAGGGCUACAUUGGCAGGUCCUUCACUAUUUGGAUCCAAAGUUCCAUGAUGCAAAGUGAAAAAUAGUUGAUGCCUUUAGGGGGGACUUUCCUUCCCCAGCCUGAUUGAGCACCAAGGACUUCCAUGCUGUUAGGACGACGGUAACGGAGAAGGGACUCAAUGUGUCAGGCUCCAGUUUCAGACAGCUGGAAGUACAAAUGUUGAGUCCUGAUUCUGUGCUUGCUCUUGUCACUUCAUUUUGCUCUUGUGUCUGUUGUAGUUGUACCACUCUGCCUCCACUUCCUGCUACUAUGAACGAUCGGCAGGAGUGAAUAUAGAGCCGAGGUCCUUUUUCUCAUGAUGCAAACCUUCCCGCAGAGCAUGAGCCCCCUUCCACCAACAUUUCUCUCAGAAAGACCAGAGAUCAAUGAACUCACAGGUGUGGAAAGCUCCUAGGCUGGUGUAGCCUACAUUUACGCAGUGCUCGCUUGCUGGAAAUGGGGCUUAAAUGAAACGAACAGUAUGAUAAGAUUGUAUAAUCUUUGACUAUGUUUUUGUUUCCAGCGAAAAUGAAGUUAAACAUGAAGUUCAUUAUUGCUUAAAGCCUAACUUAGGGAUUACCUGAAUUAUAUUGGAACCCUGUGACUUCCAUUGAUUCGCUUUUUGUUAGUACUAUACGAAGUGAUGGCCAGUCCUGACAAGUUUAUUUGAUGUCAUAUAUCCCCUUUGGACUGGGGAGUUCUGACCUAAAACAUCACUCCAAGGCUGAGGUGGGGGAAUGUCUAGGAGAAAUAGUGUAGAGGAGAACACGGACCCAGUUUAGAAGACAGUUAUUUCUAUUUCAAAUGGAAUUUUUUCAGACAAGCUCUAAAGUAAAAUGAAUAAGGCAACAAGUUGUGUAACCUUUCACCCAGUUAGACAGUAUGGGUCACUGAGUUCCUCCCAUCUCUGCAAAGUGAAGAUGUAUAAUGUCUGUCAGGAGAUGUCCACGGUUCUUUUUAUGAAUGGCAGUGGAUGCAUUAGGCAAUAGGUAGUUUGUUCGGGUUUUUUGUUUAUUUUGGCUACCCAUUAUAUUUAUGGCAGCUGAGACCCCUUUUUCUUUUUUAAGGAAGCCCACUGUCACUGUUCAGCCUUUUAACCCCCAGGCCAGGCUAAUGUAACUUCUAAACGGUCCUUGGAUUUCUUUCAUUUUGGAGAUCUUUGGGGUUCGCAACAGCCAAUAUUUUAAGAAUACUGGUGGCUUUAAUGGGACUUUUCCAAACUGACAAUAACCCAACGUCUGCCUCACUUGAAACGGAUCAGGCGACCGUGUCUGUAAACAAGGCGUCCUUCACUCCUCAUGUGCCCAGAGACUUCAGGGGAGUGACUGUAAUGUGGGGUGAGCUGGAAUCCUCAACCAUAAAGACCAAGAUAAAGGCAGAAGCCCUUUUGCACCAGCAACCGGUCAAAUAAAGAUGGACAUUCCAGGACCCUGAGACUGAUCCCCUCUGGGGAAGGAAGUCAUAAUAUCAGCAACAGGCUGUGCCAGCCUUGACCUCUCUCCCCGUACCUGAGAAAGCUGCUUAUGAAUGUGGAGUACUGAGCCUGUGACCCCGUCACCUAGACUGCAGCUUUAGCUCCUACUCCAGGGGAGUCCAAAAGCUGCAGCGUUUCCAUCACUUGUCAAUUUCAGUGUCUUAUUGUUACUUUUUCUAAUUGUUGGUGUUUUGAUUUUUACAAACUGGGUAUCAUCCCAGCCUUUCUAUUGUACUGCAGUGGUACAGUGGGGCUCUGCAAGUACCUGUGUGUAUGAAACCUGUCACAUCCACGCAGGGAAGGAACUAGAAAAAAAUUCCCAAAUCUAAAUAACUCUAAAAUAUUGCCCAUCAAAAUGAUUGAAUGUGCUCCUCAUUCUGUGAAAGUGUUCAAAGAACCUAAGCUGUCAGAUAGAUAUCAUCAAAAUUCUGUGUAGUAAGGUCUGUCUCUAUUAAUUCUGUGUAGUAAGGUCUGUCUCUAUUAAUUCUGUGUAGUAAGGUCUGUCUCUGUUAAGUUUUUUAUCUUUGGAAGCCACCAGGAGAAGGUUAGCCACAUACUGGUGAAAUCGAAGAGGGAAGCUCUGAGGUUGUGGCUUAAAUGUGAACAAUCAAUUGGUGUUAGUAUUGAAAUAUUCGAGCGGCUCAGUGCGGAUCCCACUGCCUGGGUGAAGUUCAGUAGCUGAGAUGAAUAACUAAAUGGACAGCUGCCUCCUUGGUUCCUGUUUCAGGAUUUCAAAGGGUUGAUUUUCUGCUAUAUUAUUCUGAUGAUUUGGCUGAAUGGAUGACUUGAUUACAAAGCAGGAUCCUUGUUGACUGACAGAUUUCCUGAUCUGGCCUGUACUGUGUACCCAAGAGCGAGGUGCUGGUAGUAGUUUAGGGUCUUCAUUUUGUGUGUUUGUUCAUUUUAAUGAAAUAUAUAAAACAAAGAUAG